AUGGAUCAUGUCACCGCCACGAUAGCUUCACAGCGCUCUUCCAUCAAGAACAGCUUCUCCGGAGAAAAAGGCCCUCAAAAGAGUAGACCUUUUAUUAUCGUCUUUCAGUGCCUCUCAAGUGCCAUGACCUUGCCACAGAUCACAGCACCUGCCUUCUCUGUACCCCACAGCCCAACCCCUACAACUACCCUCGAAAACUUCCAACAGCUUCAACGCGUCGAAACCCUACACCAACAAGUUAAAGAGCAAGCCCAGAGAGCGCAAGAGUUCCUCAUGAAGCUUCGCCGCGGAGAACUGGAAGCACAAACACAGGCACAGCUACAGCUCGAACAAAGACUAAAAGACCGCGAAGGGUCUGACCGGCGCAGACACUCGGAAGGAAAACAUAGCUUGUGCACAUGCAGUUGUCCGCACCACGCUUCGCCGCCACCUCCUCCGCCUACAGGUUCUACGACACAAACGGCGGCGCAGAACCGGAAUAGCUUCAGUGCGAUCAAUCCUGUGCCCAUGGGUCCUCUCCCCCUACCGACAAGAGUCGAUGAAAAGGAGGUGCGCGAUCUAGAAAAGCGCGUGCGUGGCCUGGAGGGGAGGGUGAGGGGCUUCGAGGGGUUGCCGCCGGAUAGGGAGAUGGCCUUGCUAGAAGUGGAGAGACUGAGGCGAGAGCUGGAGGGGCUUGCGAGACGGAGAGAGGGCCUUUUUGAGGGUUUGAGCUGCGAGGAUGCCCUGAGCUUUGGAGGUGCAAGUGCGGAAGGAUUGAGAGGAAAAGACGGGCUGCCGCCCGGUGGACAGAACGUGGGCGGGAAGGUUGUUGUGAAGGGGUUAAAAGGCUCUGGGAGGGGUGCGAAGAAAGAGCAAUGA